GUUUGAAGUCACGAGGCCACCUCGUAACUUCACCUCGCAAGCUUCCUAGAGUCUACGAGUAAACCGCUCAAUAAAUAUUCGUCUUCUUCCUCAACUCAAAGAUUAGAUAUGUAGCUUUUUUAACGAGCUAAUCUCGGCGUGUCGGCGCACACCGCAGACGGCCGGUCAGCCAGCCAAACAAGUCUACUUCCUGAGUGGAGGGAAGGGGCUUGGUCCCGUGCCUCCUGACGCCGCCGCACAGCGCAGCCAAAUUAGCAUCGAUGAGGCUCUCGCGAACAUGGCGGAUUUCCUGCCGUCGCGCUCCGUGCUCAAAGUUUGCCUUCCCGUGUGUCUGCUCAACAGCGGUGAGGUGGAGCAGGUCCGCCGCUCCAAGGAGAUCGACCGACGGCUCUCCCGAGAGAAAACCUACGUGAAGCGGCUGGUGAAGAUCCUGCUGCUGGGCGCGGGCGAGAGCGGCAAAUCGACGUUCCUCAAACAAAUGCGGAUCAUUCACGGCCAGGACUUCGACCAGAGAGCCCGCGAGGACUUCCGAGCCACUAUUUACAGCAACGUUAUCAAGGGCAUUCGAGUAUUGGUGGACGCCCGCGAAAAGCUGCACAUCCCAUGGGGCGACCCGAGCAACCAGCAGCGGGGCGACAAGCUGAUGGCGUUCGACACGCGCUCGGCCAAGAUGGUGCGCGGGCAGCUGGAGACGCCCGUUUUCUUGCAGUACCUGCCCGCUAUCAAAGCCCUGUGGGCCGACAGCGGCAUCCAGAACGCUUACGAUCGCCGUCGAGAAUUCCAACUGGGCGAGUCUGUCAAGUAUUUCUUGGAUAAUCUGGAUAAGCUUGGCGAGCUGAAUUACCUUCCGAGUCAGCAGGACAUCCUGCUGGCACGAAAGCCCACCAAAGGAAUCCACGAGUACGACUUCGAGCUGAAGAACGUCCCCUUCAAGAUGGUGGACGUGGGCGGCCAGCGGUCUGAACGGCGGCGCUGGUUCGAGUGCUUCGACUCGGUCACCUCCAUCCUCUUCCUCGUCUCCUCCUCUGAGUACGAUCAGGUUCUGAUGGAAGACCGUCAGACCAACCGACUGUGCGAGUCGCUCAACAUCUUCGAAACCAUCGUCAACAACCGCGUUUUCGCCAACGUGUCCAUCAUCCUCUUUCUCAACAAGACAGACCUGCUAGAGGAGAAGGUGAAAAGCGUACCUCUCAAGGACUACUUCCCCGAAUACAACGGGCCCGAGCACAGCCUGCCCGACGUACAGGCCUUCAUGGUAGAGUGCUUUCGGGCCAAGCGGCGCGACGCCACCCAGAAACCGCUCUACCACCACUUCACCACCGCCAUCAACACGGAGAACAUCCGACUGGUGUUCCGGGACGUCAAGGACACGAUUCUCCACGACAACCUCAAGCAGCUCAUGCUCCAAUGACCACCGUGCGCAAACCUUCAACGGGGCCUCAAGAAGAAAAAUCUUGUAGAACUUUGCCGCUUUUACGUUGGUCAUGGUUUGGUAGUUUGCGACGCUGACCAGAUAUCGAUCGUCAGACUACGUGCUGUUAUGGAACGUUUCACGCGGGGGGUCGAGUGGUUUCAUCCGUGUCCGUUUUGUUGUCCAAGCACUGAAUGCACGCAAAUUCAAGUCGGUUGUUGCACUGCCCCCAGCACCACCUGUGCUGCUUUGUGAAUAAAUAAAAGCAGACACACCCUUAAAUCCUGUGUUUCCCCAAAUCAUCCCAGUUGACGUUCAUCCAGUCACAAGUUAAAUGUGUCUGGGACAAACUGAAUGAACCUGCGUUGCCUUAACAGAGACUUGAUUUCUGUUUAAAAAUACUGUUUUUUUUUGUUUUGUUUUUUUGUGCCUGCACUGGCCAUUGUGCCACAGGGAAUGAUCCAAUUUCACAUUUUUUUCCUGUUAGGGCUGUGACUAGUAAACAUUUUUAGAAUCGAAUAUUCUGUUAAAUAAUGAGAUGAUUAAAGAAUAAUAAUUUCAUCGAUCAGGAAAAAAAUGGUAUUGAUCACAUUUUAAUUGCGAUACAUUUAAUACGUUUUUUAAGCGAAAUUGGAUUAUUUCCGGAAAGGGUGCAUUAUAUGCAAUUUUCCAUUACUAGUUAGCUUGGUUGUGCUUUGUCGGAUAACCGACACAGGCCGAUAGUUAUCUCAGGGUUGAUGCAAACUGCCGCCAAGAAUUUCCAUUAAAGCGCCAAGUUAUUUCAUUUUUCUUUGCCAAAUGCCUUUGAACAUACUAGUUGCUUCCCCUUUUGAAAAUCAAAAUGACGCUAAGCUUUUGGUUGUAAAUACGCAGAUGUUUCCAAUGUAAAUAAUGUCUAGGUUUAUCUACUUAUAUGUAAAUGGUUGUAGAAACUUUUUGUUUUUGUUCUAAAUCACUACUUUUUCCAGUUCUUUUUCUGACGUUGGUUUUGAAAUUAUUCCGUGUCUCAUGCCACUCCAACGUUAUCAAUAAAUCAUUUUUCUAAAGAAAAUAUAA